CGGUCCGCGACGUACGCUAGCGUGUAUGUCCAUUAUUGAUGCAAAACUUCCACGAUGGUUGAUCAUAACGAGAAAUUAUUACAGGAGUUACAAAAGAAAAGUGGUAAUAAUGUGUGUGCUGAUUGUGGCGCCGACGACCCAGAUUGGGCAUCAUACAAUAUUGGUAUUUUCAUCUGUAUGCGAUGCGCCAGUAUACACCGAGGAAUGGGUGCACAUAUCAGUAAGGUGAAGCAUUUGAAGCUGGACCGAUGGGAGGACUCCCAGGUACAACGAAUGAAGGAAGUGGGCAACACUGCAGCCAAAAACAAAUAUGAGGAACGAGUCCCACCUUGUUAUCGACGACCUACUAAAAAUGAUCCACAAGUUCUUAUUGAACAAUGGAUUCGUGCAAAAUACGAACGAGAGGAAUUCUGCCACCCAGAGCGACAAACGUAUCUUUCUGGCGCUAUGGAAGGAUUUCUCAUGAAAAGAGGAAAGGAAGACAGCCGGUACCAGCCCAGGAAGUUCGUACUCAGUGAGAGCGAGGAUACAUUGAAGUAUCAUCAUGCUUCAGACGGCUGUGGCCGUGCCAAGAGUUGUCUCGGUCGCUUUAUCGAUCGUCUCCGAGUCAAAAGCUUUGGUCGUUGGAGAUAUCACGUAAAUGAGAAUAGAGAACCAAAGGGUGUACUGAGGCUAUCAGAGCUAAACGUGGCCUUUGCCCCAGCCAAAAUCGGUCAUAUGAACUCAAUGCAAUUGACCUUCAUGAAAGAUGGAACAACACGCCACAUCUACGUUUACCACGAGAACGCAGAGAAGAUUAAUAACUGGUACACAGCAAUUCGUUGCGCAAAACUACACCUCCUUCAAGUAGCAUUUCCUUCAGCCCCCCAAUCAGACCUCCUACACCGCCUUCCUAAAGAUUUCGCGCGGGAAGGUUGGUUGUGGAAAACAGGGCCACGGCCCACAGAUGCUCACAGAAGGCGAUGGUUCACGUUAGACAACAGGAAGCUUAUGUAUCAUGACGAACCUCUUGAUGCGUAUCCUAAAGGAGAAAUUUUUAUAGGUCACGAAUCAAACGGUUACUGCAUCAAAGUUUCGAACACCGGGAAUGGCUGCAAAGAAGCAAGAUUUCCCUUCCACUUAGUGACGCCGGAUAGGACGUAUUGUUUAGCUGCAACGACCCACGAAGAUCGGGCUGGGUGGUUGGCAGUCAUACAGCAAACCAUUAAAAGACCUCUUACGCCUCAAGACUCUGCAAUUGAGGCUACACUUGUACGAAAACGAACAACAUCCAACUCCAUCAGUAUAUUUUCAGGAAGGUAGUUGGUUAAUAAUCUAUCUUAGUUGUACUUGUAAGUAUUUCACACAUAAACGUAUUUUUACCAAGAUAGUGAUUAGGCAUCGAUUGUACGUUUACUUCUCAUACGUUUUAUUUAUUCAAACUGAACAUAAUGAGUCUUUCCGACUGAGGUUUAGUUGCAUUGUUUGAUUCUGAUUCGUUUAUAAUUCUUUUAGUGAAGCACCAUAAUUAAACGGUAGGUUACCUGCUUUAAAUUUCUUGUUGUAGAUAACUUACAAUAAAAUUGAUUCACAUCAAUAACAAAUUAUUUCCGUUAAUUUCUUUUUUUUUUU